GUUCGAAAAGUCUUGAUCUCGUUCAGGAACAUUUUCGAACAUGAAUUUGUUUCUCGCUCUCCAUGUGCUCCAACAUGCCACGAGGAUAACUGAUUGAAUCGCCUCCUUCUAGCUUCACUGCCCGAUAUCUGUUUGUGAAUGUCGAAUAAAUCUUCUGUCGUGACAGCAAAAAAUGGGGGUAUGUGGCACCAUGAGCUUAUAUUUUGCCACACAAUCGUCAUAACAUAACUAGUCGUGAAUAAGCGAUCAACAGAUUCCGCUGCAUCCGAACAUAAACAGCAUCAUAAAACCAACAACCACAUGGAGAUGCUCCUUCCUCCCAUGACCAUUACUGACAAAAUCUUCCUCUGUAAAACCCUAGUUCUUCCCAAACCCUCAACCAGAGCCCUAACACCUACAAAACCCCAUUUCUCUCGUUCAUCCAAACUCCCUCCUUCAGCACAUAUCCCACGUCGUAAAACCACCUCCUACAAACAAAACACAGUCCAAUUCGACGAUCUCCACGAAAAUUGGACCCUCAAACGAACUCUCUUCGAGAAGCUCAAGCAUAAAGACUCUGACCCAGUUCGGAUUCUCGAAGAAGAUGGAGAUUGGAGCAAAGAACUCUUCUGGGCUGUUGUUGGAUUCCUCAAUCAAACCUCAAGAUCGAACCAGAUUCUUCAGGUGUUUGAUGAAUGGUCUAGCAGAGACGAAUCUCGAGUUAGCAUGUUUAAUUACGAGAGAAUUGUAAGGCUGUUGGUUGAGGAGGGAUUGGUUGAUAUUGCAGUGUUGGCUUUAAACCAGAUGAAAGAUAUUUGGGGUGUGCAGCCAUCGUCCGAGAUUUACCGUUUGAUCGUCUACGCUUUUGUUAAAAGCGAUCGAUUUGAAGACGCGUUGUUUCAUCUUAAGGUGAUGGAAGAUAAUGAAAUGAAGCCACAUGCUUCAAUCUACAAUGGGCUGAUUAAAUCGUACGCGAAGAAUGGUUUGUAUGAUGAAAUGGCGAAAUGUGUGAAGAGAAUGGAAUCGAACGGAUGCUUCCCAGAUCAGUCGACUUACAAUUUGCUAAUUAGGGAGUUUUCACUAGCUGGAUUGAUCAAGAGGAUGGAAAGAACAUACAGGAUUGUGAUCUCGAAAAAGAUGGAUCUUGAAGCUUCUACCGUCAUGGCAAUGCUCGAGGCGUAUGCUAGUUUUGGGGAUUUGGAGAAGAUGGAAAAGAUUUAUAGAACGGUUAUGAGGUUGAAACCAAGAGUUUAUUUGAACGAUGAUUUGAUUCGUAAAGUGGCCGCUGUUUAUAUAGAAAACUACAUGUUUUCUAAGUUAGACGACAUGGGUAUCAGACUUUAUUCCAGAACCGGCAACACGAACAUCGUGUGGUGUUUAAGAAUGCUUUCACAUGCUUGUAUUCUGAGCCGAACGGGAAUGGAGUCUAUCAUGCGUGAAAUGGACUACAGGAAAGUUAAAUGGAGUGUGACGAUCGCAAACACAAUACUAUGUGCGUAUGCCAAAAUGAAAGAUUUUAGACGCUUUAAAGGCGUGAUCUUGGAAAUGGAAGCUCGAAAUGUGAAACCCGACAUUGUUACUUGUGGGAUUUUGUAUGAUGCACAUGGGUCCGGUUUCGGGUUUGGGUUUGAUGAGUUGGAUUAUAGGAUAAAGAUGGGAUUUUUUGGGGAUGUUGUGGAGUUAAAAACUGACCCUUUGGUUCUUGUUGCUUUUGGAAAGGGGGAUUUUCUAAAGAUUGUUGAAGAGGUUGACCAUACAAGGAGUCAAAGUUGGAGUUAUGAGCAUCUAAUCGAUUUGGUUAACAAGCGUCAACAAGGCAUAUGAUGUCUUUUGGAGGAAACUGCUGACCCCUUUUUUUUCGAAUGAGGUUUGGCAAGCUGUGUCGGCUGCCAAAAUUAUCGCCUUUUCUACAAAAGACAUUCUCAAGCUCGACAGAAGUUUAGAUGGCGGAAAGACUUAUAGGUGGAUGACUCAAUCAGUUCUGCUUAUGGCCUGCUGGAUUCUUUGGAAGUUGAGGAAUAAUAUCGUCUUCAACCGUAAGAAAGCAAAGGCUGCAGGUGUCGUGCAGGAGCUGAAAAUAUUGGGCCUGCUGUGGAUUAAAAAUAGGUCCAGGAAAGUGAGUUUGGACGAGUCAAAGUGGAACAGUUUUGCUUUUGAUUAGUUUGCUGUUGUGUUUGUUGUCUGCUAGCUUCUUGCUAGUGUUGGAAUAAAAUAUCGCCUUUUAAAAAAAAUAUCUAAACUUCUGUUGUAGACGUUUGAAUGUCCGAACAUUCGAUCUUAAAGCCCUUUGUUGGGCGUUAUGCGACAAGUGGCGAAACGCGUAAGAGAGGGGCUUUAUAUAACUUGAGUGUGUAGUGGGGAUAUAUAUGUAUGGGGCUUUAUAUAUUAUAUAUAUGUAUGUAUAUAUGUGUGUGAGUGGGGAAGAAAGGGCCACGCCGUGAAAAUGGCUUUACUUUUUUUGGACAUUUUCUACGUUCAGGUACCCGUUAUGGUGCUAGUCUGAGAAAGCAGAUCAAGAAAAUGGAAGUCAGCCAGCACAGCAAGUUUUUCUGUGAAUUCUGUGGCAAGGUAAAGCCGCUUUCUUUGUUUUUCAUUCUCGAACUUAGCAAGAGCCAUUUUAAGUUCCAAUUUCUCAUUUAGUUUCUUUUAUUCUCCUCACUUUGAGCCAUCGGUUGCUAAAUUACGUUGCAAGGACUGUGGCAAAGUCAAAGCAGGCAGUGCUUACACUUUGAAGUAACCAUUCUUCUCCCUAUAUUGCUCUACGUAUAUAAAGUUCCAAUCUUUGGUUUGUUGUUCUUCAGAUUGUGUUUUUUUCCCCAAGAACUUCUGUUUGGUGUUCUUCAGUUUCUUCGUCACUCAAUGACAAACGGCAGAAGCAUAAGCAGCAACAGCAUCAUCAUCGUUGGCAGUGGCAGCGUUCAUCAUCAAUCGCAGAAUAUCAUCAUCAUUGUCGGUCGGUAGAGUAUCACCACUGCUUCAACUAAGGACUCAAAAACCCACUGAUCCGCUAGCUACAUAUCGAAAGCAGGAAAUAACUGAAAUACAACCGGUGCAUCGUUGUAUGUUCGGUAGAGUAUAUGUAUAAAAUAUAUCCAUCAUUUUCAUUCGCCCUCUAACUUAGGGGUUAUAUUAUUUUCACUUUAAGAAUUUUUAAGGAAAUGAAAGGCUUUUAUUC